UGUGGAUAAGCGAGGAGGGCGGGGAUUGGAGGACCGGCGGUGAGGUCACUUUCCACUUUAGGUGGCGUUCCGCUCGGGCGGCUGUACGGAGGGGUCCCGGGAACAUUCGACGAGACUCCUCGGUCCCUCGGCCCUUGGAAGUGCAAUGAGAUCGGUUAGCUACGUGCAGCGCGUAGCCCUGGAGUUUAGCGGGAGCCUCUUCCCACACGCAAUCUGCCUGGGAGACGUGGACAACGAUACCUUAAACGAACUGGUGGUGGGAGACACCAGCGGGAAGCUGUCGGUGUAUAAGAAUGAUGACAGCCGUCCGUGGCUCACCUGCUCCUGCCAGGGAUUGCUGACCUGCGUUGGGGUUGGAGAUGUCUGUAAUAGAGGCAAGAACCUGGUGGUGGCGGUGAGUGCUGAAGGCUGGUUUCUCUUGUUCGACCUGACCCCAGCCAAGGUCCUGGAUGCUUCUGGGCACCAUGAGACCCUUGUGGGAGAGGAGCAGCGUCCAGUCUUCAAGCAGCACAUCCCUGCCAACACCAAGGUCAUGCUGAUCAGCGAUAUAGACGGAGAUGGGCGCUGCGAGCUGGUGGUGGGUUACACAGACCGCGUGGUGCGGGCUUUCCGUUGGGAAGAUCUGGGUGAGGGCACUGAGCAUCUGACUGGGAAGCUGGUGUUGCUCAAGAAAUGGAUGCUGGAGGGUCAGGUGGACAGUCUCUCAGUGACACCAGGGCCCCUGGGUGUUCCUGAACUGAUGGUGUCCCAGCCAGGCUGUGCCUAUGCAAUUCUACUGUGUACCUGGAUCAAGGACGCUGAGUCCCCCCCUGCCUCCGAGGGGAUCACGGAAGGCAGCCAGGAGACCCCCACUGCCCCCCGAGACGUGGUGCUGCACCAGACCUCUGGACGCAUCCACAACAAGAAUGUCUCCACCCGUCUCAUAGGCAGCAUCAAACAAGGCCACGGCCCUGAGAGUGGUGGCUCUGGCCUCUUUGCCCUCUGUACCCUGGACGGCACCCUGAAGCUCAUGGAAGAAGCGGACAAGCUUCUGUGGUCGGUGCAGGUGGAUCACCAGCUUUUCGCCCUAGAGAAGUUAGACGUCACAGGCAAUGGACAUGAGGAGGUGGUGGCUUGUGCCUGGGACGGACAGACGUAUAUUAUUGAUCACAACCGCACGGUUGUCCGCUUCCAGGUGGAUGAAAAUAUCCGCGCCUUCUGUGCAGGCCUGUACGCCUGCAAAGAGGGCCGCAACAGCCCCUGCCUCGUGUACGUCACGUUCAACCAGAAGAUCUACGUGUACUGGGAGGUGCAGCUGGAACGGAUGGAGUCAACCAACCUGCUGAAACUGCUGGAGGCUGAGCCAGAGUACCAGAGCCUGCUGCUGGAGCUGGGCGUGGAUCCUGAUGACCUCACUGCGGCCCGUGCCCUGCUUCACCAGACGCUCUACCAUCCUGACCGGCCCCUGCCACGGGCUCUCUCCAGCCUCCAGGGCCCCACCUAGCUGGACUUGCCCAAGGGAUCCGUGGUAUUGGCAGGACAGGGACCGUGCAUUAUAGAACAGCCUCUGUAUGGGCCUGGAAGGUUGGUGGCCUCCCUGUGGUGAACGUGAAUGAUUUAGACCUUGCGACCUUUUGGUGAAAGACACACAAGUUCCCCCUUGGUCAGUCUCCCCGUGUACUGCACCAUCACAUCAGUGGAGCUGUAGGAUCCCGGCCUUGUUCCAGAUCAUCUGGGCCUGCCUGCCCCCACCCCCACACCCCCAGACCCCCAGAGCUCCCAACUUUCAUGUGGACAACAGAGACUUGUUUGUGAGGAGGGUGCACGAAUCUUUUGCAUGGCCCCAAUGCCCAUAAAGAAAGCAGGCUUCAGGGCUCGGGGGUGGCGGAGGCGAGGGCUGCUCCCCCUGCCAGGCUGCGUCUUCCAGGGCACAGCUCCAGGUCACUGACAUUACAACAGUACAAGAACGGCAGACAGUGUCACUAGCCACUUCUGCUUUGCUUUGCUUUGGUUUUAAGGGCUCUUGCAGGACAUUUUACAGUCCGGGUCUUACUCUGUCCCUGGCAACCCUGAGAUGAUUUUCCUCAGUUUAUUGAAAAACACUGGGUCAGUGUUUUUGUUUUGUUUUGUUUUGUUUUGUUUCUGAACUUUGCCAUAUAUUCCAAGUAUUAGGAGCUUCUUAAUCCUUGCCCCCAUUCCUCCUACCACCCACUUCCCCCCAAAUAAGACAAUAAAACAACAGAUAUUUAAAAGCUGGCA